GUGUGUGUGUGUGUGAGAGAGAUCAGAUAUAUAAGCAGUGGAAGUGACAGUGACAGUCAGUUAGAGCGAUGGCGUGGAUUCAGCUUCUCCUCUUCUCUUGUCUCUCCUUGACUCCUCUCACUACACUGUCUCACACUGUACCUGGAGAUGUACCUGAUGAUUAUGAGCGUCCAUUUACAAGUAUUUGUGACGGCAUUUUCACAGAACUGAGCAACUGCAAUCAGAGACUGUUGGAGAAAACUGAGUACAGCUUUAAUAUCGAGAAAGAUCUGUUUGUUUUGAAGGAUCAGCUGAGGGUGAUCAGAGUCUCGUGUCUAAAUGCCUCUCAGGCGUCCUCACUUCAGAUCGCAGCUCUGCAGAACCAGCUGGACCGUUUCCUAAAGCAGCUCACUAAUAAAACUGCAGGACCUGCUGAAGUCGUGUUAAACAUCCUGCAGGAGUAUGUGGAAGUUCAGAAACUCGAGUUGUCCCUUGUAACUGAGACGGAUCCGAGGAAGAUCGCAGAGAUGGAGAAACAACUGAAAAAGGCAAGAGCUGAUCUGGAAACACUGAAUGGAAACCUGGGCAAGCUAGAGUGCCAAACAGCAAACAUCCAAAAUAUUGUAAAGCCGGUUAUCAGACUGCAGGAUGAGAUUGUGGAGCUGUACAGGAGGCAGGCGCUGCUGCUGAACACACACACUCAGUUCACAGCUGUUCAGAGACAACUGGAGAAGAAGAAAAGUCUGCUGUCUGACCUGCAGGAGGAGAAGGAGGAGAAAGGAGACGACAGAACCAUCAAUGAGCAGAUUGAUGCAGUGGAGCAGGAACUGAGCGAGUUACAGGGACAGUUAGACAACCUGACAAUAACUCUCUCUCAGAAACCAAAGCUGGAGAAGGAGCUGCAGGAGAAGAGAACACAGCUGGAGGCCAAACUGGAGCAAUUGAAGAAUGACAGUCAGGAGCUCAUCUCUCAGAUCCUCAGUCUGCAGUUGGAGUUGAGGGUGAGACAGGUGGAAGUUCAGGGAGAGAUUACAGAUGUUGAGAAAGAGCUGAGUGAGAAAUCAGAGAGGAUUGCGCAAUUGCUUGGCCGUAAUCAGUUUUUGGAGAAGAAGCUUGCUGACACACAGGCAGAAUGCAAUGACCUUCAGGAAAAUUUCAAUGAAUUAUUAAACAAAGUGGAAGAUUUGACUGGAAAGCUGCCUGAUUUAAACCUGAAGCAGAUUCUGGACAUUGUGUCUCUGGACAUUGGCAUCAACAACCUCGAGGACAGAAUCCGAUCCGAGACGUCCGAGUCCAAGAGAACCGAACUGGAGAAAGAGCUGAGAGAGAAGAAGGAACAACUCGAGUCGAAGAAGAAGGAACUGCAGACCAGUGACGAUCUGAACACCAGAAUAAUUCUGACCAUACUCUCCAAGUUGGAGGAGAUGAGGAAGCUUCAGAGUCAGAUCCUGGAUGGAGACAGUUUGGACCAAAUCAAAGAGAAGAAAGAGGAAGUGCUCGGCUUGCUCUCCGAACUGGACGACUCGAACCUGGCCAAAACUGUGCUGAAGAACUUGGUCUUGCUGUCGGAUGAGACUCACCUAAAGAAACUCAUAUCAAACAUCAAACAGAAGGCGGACAAACAGAUAGCAGAACUGCAGGAGGAAGUGAGGAAGAAGGAGGAGGAGCUGAAGAGGAAAACCACAGAACUGGGAAAGAAGGACAGUGACGUAGCCACACUGACUAAAGAGGUCAGGGAUUUGAGGGAGGAACUGAAGAACCUUACCAAACAAGUGAGAGACGUGGAGAACGCUUCGGCAUCACGGCUCGGAGAACUGGAGAAGCAGCUGAAGGAGACGAGGCAGGAGCUGGAGGAAGGGAACAAGGCUCUGCAGGAGAAGGAUGCAGACUUAGCAAAGAAAGUGAUAAAGAUCACGGAGCUCCUUGAGGAACUGAGACAGACUAAAGAGGAAGCCAACAGGAGAAACCAGGAGGCUGCAAACAGGAUCACAGAUCUGGAGGGGAAACUGAAGAAGCAGGAGGAGGAAAAUAAAAGAUUGCAGGGUGCGCUGACGGAGGCCACACAGUGCAAUGACCUCAAAAAAUCUAAUGACGAACUGAAGGCUGAGUUUCAGGAUACAGUUUCGAAGCUGAAUGACACACUCCUUCAUCAAGUGUUUACAAUCCAAACUCUCACCCAGGACGUAAAGUUGCUGGAGGAUAAAUUCAACUCAUCGGAGGGAAACCUCGAUGAGCUGAAUCAGAGACUGCAGGAGAAGAAAGCGGAGCUCGAGGAGGCCAAGAAUAAGAUAAAGAAGCAUAGAGGAGAAUCUCUCAAAUUUCUGAAAUUACUCGAGGAGCUGAGGAAGGUGAACAGGAAGCAGGAGGAACACAUCCAGGAGUAUUUAGCUCAGAUUAAACGACUGGAGAAGGACAUGGAGGAGAUGUUGGCUCAACUCUCAGCCACCGGAAACGAGAAAUCUAAACUGGCCAUCCAGGUGAUCUUUCUAAAGGAGGAGGUGUCCCAGUUAACUAAAGGGCUUGCAGGACUUAGAAAGGAGCACCAGGAGAAGACUGCAGGUUUGGAGGAGGAGAUAGAAGAGAAGAAUAAAGAGAUUGCGUACCUAAAGAGAAGCGGCUGUGAGAAUCAGAUAUCUGAUCUUCAGCGGGAGCUGAGGGCGAAACAGAAGAAGAUGGAACAGCUGAAGAGAGAGAACGCUGCUCAGAUUGGGGAGCUGGAAAAACAUCUCGCUGAGAAGAACCGCAAACUGGAAGAGAGCCGUGAGGAACUGAAGGAGCGCGACUCGCAGAACGCUGGCCUAAUUGAGCGAUUAGCUGAUCUGAGUGAACAGUUGAACACAGUGGCGGAAGACAACGAGCAAGACAAACAGACAACACAGAAACGCAUCUCCGAACUUGAAGAGCAGCUGAAGAAAAAGGAGCAGGAGCUUUCAGAGCUGAACAGCAAUAACUCAGAUCUUGAAGAGCAGCUGGAGCAAAAGGAGAAGGAACUUUCAAACCUGAAGAACAAUAACACAGAUGUGAUUGAUGAGAACGAGCGUCUGCGAGAUGAUGUGACGAGACUGAACGAGCGAGUAAAGGAGCUGCAGAAUCUUGAAGAGCAGCUGGAGCAAAAGGAGAAGGAACUUUCAAACCUGAAGAACAAUAACACAGAUGUGAUUGAUGAGAACGAGCGUCUGCGAGAUGAUGUGACGAGACUGAACGAGCGAGUAAAGGAGCUGCAGAAAAGUGAAGAGCAGCUGAAGCAAAGGGAGAAGGAUCUUUCAGACCUGAAUAAAAACACAAAUGUGACUGAUGAGAACGAGCGUCUGCGUGAUCUUGUGACGAGACUGAACGAGCGAGUAAAGGAGCUGCAGAAACAGCCAGUUACGGCGAAACCACCAAACGACAUCACUGUCUUCUCUCUGGAGUUCGACCCACAGACAGCUCACCGGAGAUUCCAUAUCUCUACUGAUGGACGUACGGCGAGUGGUGCUGAGAACGCAAGAGAUGUACGUGAUAAUCCGGAGCGCUACGACACGGCGAUCGCUGCCCUCACAAAAACGGGCUUCACCUCAGGGAGGUGCUACUGGGAGGUACAGGUGAAGGACCGUUCAUGCUUCGUGGUGGGCGUAGCGGCUGAAACGGCGCCCCGGAAAGGAGAGAUCAAGUACAAGCCCAAUAAUGGCUACUGGACCAUACUGAGAAAGAAGGAUGGGCGGCACCAGGCGCAAACCGAACGGCCCAUUACACUCCGCUUCUCGGACAACCUCUCCAUCAUCGGGGUCCUCACCGACUUCACCAAGGGGGAGGUGGCCUUCUACAACGCCCAAACCAGAGCGCUCAUCUACAAUUUCAGAGAGAACAACUUAACAGAGAAGCUGUACCCGUAUGUGGGCACCUGCACCGACGAGAAUCCACAUGAGUCGGCCAUAGAGCUGCUGCAGACUCGCCCGCCACUGUGGCUCAAGGAAUAAUCAAACGCACGUCAAUUUCCGCUAGACGCUUCAUUGAAAAAUGCCCACACGCUUGUAACAGUUGUAUUAAUUCCUAAAGUAAAAAAAUGACUUGCAA